AUGGAUUGUUGUUGUUGUUAUCUGUUGAAAUUGGUUAUUGUUGUAAGUGGUUUUCUUUCAGUGAUCACAUCCUUUCCAGAAACUACAAGUUUGGUGUUUGGGUUGACUACUCCCGAGCCAUGCGAAUUCCAGGGAAUCUUCAACUUCGGUGACUCGAAUUCCGAUACUGGUGGUCACUCUGCGGCAUUCGGACAAGCACCUCCACCCAACGGGGAGACCUAUUUCCAUGCCCCUGCUGGACGAUUAUCUGAUGGCCGUCUUGUAAUCGAUUUCAUGGCGGAGAGCUUAGGAUUUCCUUAUCUCAAUGCUUACCUCGAUUCAGUCGGGUCCAAUUUCACUCAUGGAGCUAAUUUUGCAACUGCUUCAUCAACAAUUAAACCACAAAAUAAACCUCUCCCACAGGGUGGGUUUAGUCCUUUCUCCCUUGACGUCCAAUUCAACCAGUUCAACAAUUUUCAUCGUAGAUCUCAAGCGGCUCGUAGACAAGGAGUUGUUUGGCAGGAAUUGAUGCCCAAGAACGAGAGUUUUUCUCGUGCCUUGUACACAGUUGAUAUCGGUCAGAAUGAUCUAUUGGCCGGCUACUUCCUUAACAUGUCAACCGACCAAGUCAGAGCAUACAUCCCUGAUUUAUUGGGUCAGUUUACUACUAGUAUAAAGAAUAUAUAUUGGCAAGGAGGGAGGUGGUUCUGGAUACACAACACAGGCCCUGUGGGCUGCCUUCCCUCCGUUUUGGAUCGAUUGCCCAUCACAGCAGCACAAGUGGACAAAGCUGGGUGUGCCAGUCCCUUCAAUGAGGUGGCUCAGUUCUUCAACAUCAGAUUGAAAGAGGCUCUGGCUCAACUAAGGAAAGAUCUCCCCUUGGCUUCCAUUACCUCUGUAGACGUUUAUUCCGUCAAGUACUCCCUCAUCAGCAAGGCCUCCAAGCUUGGAUUUGAACUCCCUCUUGUAGCUUGCUGUGGGUAUGGUGGGAAGCACAACUACAAUAGGUACAUGGGCUGUGGAUCAAAGGUUACUAUAAAUGGAAAACAGAUUCUAGUGGGGAAAUCUUGCAAAGAUCCAUCGGUUAGGAUCAAUUGGGAUGGAGUCCACUACACCGAGGCUGCAAACAAAUGGAUCUUUGACCAGAUCGUUGAUGGAUCGUAUUCUGACCCGCCCAUGCCAUUGAAAAUGGCUUGUCAUCGGGUUACCAACUGACUUGAUUUCUCUGCUUCCAAAGCAUAUCUUUUUCUUCUUU